CGUCUGCAUCAGACCGACAAUGAGAAUGUGACCGUCCAGAUGUCCCACCCUGGCAUCAUCAUCCAGACAGUGACCUCAGAGGACCUCUCGGACCCUCUCGGCCAAUCGGAGCUGGAGGGAGAGCAGGAGCUUGAGAAGGAAGAGCCUUUGGAAAACCAAAACAACUCUGGAGAAGAGGAGCAGAGUGAAGAGAGAUCAAACGAUGUACAAGAAGAAGAAAAGACUCUCGACUCUCCUAAAGUUGUGGAAACUGUAGAGAGUUCUGGGAUGGGUGAGGAAGCCGUGCUCAUGGUUCCGUCUCCGAGCAGCUUUAUUCCUACUAAUGAGGACAUCAGCACGGAUUCUGUCCUUCCGCUUGGAACGCUCACAGGUCAGAGUUGGCUAUAACGCAUUACUGACUGUAUUCUAAUUA